CCAACUUCACUCUUUAUUUCCCCCUCCCACCAUUUUGGUCACCCAGGCAUUUGGGCAGCACUCGGGGCUCUUCUUUUACUUCUCUUCCUCUCGGGAUCGUACUAGAUCCUAAAGGAAAGAAGAGAGAUCGCAAAGCAAAUUUCUUCAAAAGAAAUGUUAGGCAAGUUAUUUAACUCCAAGGAGCUAGAGAAGGCUGCUUACAACUUUAGUGAAGACAGGAUACUGUUUAUAAAGGAAUGCUUACAGAUGGAAGAAUUAUUGCAGUUAAGAAGACUACUGCAGUGGAUGAGGGACAAGUUGAAAAGUUCAUUAACGAGGUUCUCAUCCCCUCAAUGAUCUCUCACAGGAAUGUGGUUAAGUUAUUGGGAUGUUGUUUAGAAACCGAAGUUCCUCUUCUGGUCUCCAAGUUCAUUCCUAAGGGAACUCUCUAUCAGUAUCUUCAUGAAUCAGAUAAAGAAUUUCCAUUAUCAUGGGAGAAACGACUGCAUCUCCCCAUAGAAGCCGCCGAAGCUCUUUCAUACUUACAUUCUACAGCCUCUAUACGGAUCUAUCACCGUGACAUCAAGUCUAGUAACAUAUUGCUAGAAGAAAAGUAUCGAGCAAAGAUAGCGGAUUUUGAGACUUCAAGAACCAUUUCCCCUGACCAAACUCGUGUAACUAAAGUAAGGCAGGGUACUUUCCUGUAUUUGGAUCCCAUCUUUAUAGUUUCGACAUGGUCCUUGUUGAGAUCCUGAUGGAGAGAAGCCAGUCUCUUUAGAGAGUCAACAAAAGGGCUGAAGUUUGGCUGGUUACAUAUUUCAUCCUCUCCGUGGAAGGGAAUCCUCUGCCUGAUAUUCUAAAUCCGGGAAUACUGCAGCAUGCUGAGAAAGAAGAGAUUAUGGCUGUUGCCGAACUUGCAAAAAGGUGCCUUCAGCCGAAUUCUUGGAACCGAAUCGCAUGGGAAUGGUGUUGGAGGGAAUAAGGAGCCUCUCCCUUCCACGAAUAAUAAUUUUCAUACUGAUAUUGAGUGUCAGCAUUGACAUUAACCAAGCUAGAGUCUAGUGAAAUUUUCAGAUCAAAGACAUACUGAUGUCAGCAUUGACAUUAACUAAGCUAGUGAGACUAGUGAAGGCUGGCGGUGUUACAAACUUAUACUUUACUACUUUCAAGCUUUGACGUAAUAAAUCAGAUGAAAAGUAGGACAGUUUCCUUGUUAGUCGACCUUAACAUAAAUAGCCGACUCGUAACCAAAAGGUCUUGGAUUUAAUCCUCGCCAGUGAGACGUAUGUGCCCCUUUAUUUCGUUUAAUUUUCUAUCUUUGUACUAGGCUCAUGGGCCUCCCUUAUAACCAAAA